AUGCUGUGGCGGACGUGGCCAACCACGGCUGGCACUCUGUCAACCGAGUCUCGUCGUACAAAUGGACCGUAUACUUCCUGCCGGGAAGAACCCUCCAAAGUGUCCGGCAUAUACCUGAUCCAGCUCGAUCCCGACGGCGGCGGCCAACCGUUUGAGGUCUACUGCGAGCAGACCAGCUUCGACGGAGGAUGGAUCGUGAUUCAGCGUCGUGCGCACGGAAAGGAGAAUUUUUACCGUGGCUGGACCGACUACCGUAACGGGUUCGGUAAUCUUAGUGACGAGUUUUGGCUUGGAUUGGAGCAUUUGAAUGACAUCACGUUCCGCCGCCCGCACGAGCUGAUGGUGGAAGUGGAGGACUUCGAGGGAAAUCAAGGCUACGCCAACUACAAGAAGUUCGAGGUGGGCGAUGAAGACGAUGGGUAUCACCUGGAGAAGAUGGGAGACUACAGCGGUACCGCAGGGGACUCGAUGUGGCCCAACUGGGGGGAGAAAUUUUCCACCUACGACCGGGACAACGACGACUGGAGUGAGGGGAAUUGUGCCACGGACCGUCAAGGUGCCUGGUGGUUCUACAAGUGCACCAAUGCCAAUCUAAAUGGGCGCUACCUCAAUACGACGAAUGAUAAGACAUCGAUGACCUGGGACUUCUUGAAGUACGACUGGCGUGGCAUGUCAUAUUCGCGUAUGAUGAUUCGUGAACUUAUAACAAAUCCUGAACGUUAA